UAAUUAAGACAAUUUAUAAAGUAAAAUCCUCGCCGUUCCCAUCUCCUUCUCCGGUCCCUCCACCGUUCGCAUCUCACCGGCUUCGUCUUCAACCGUCGCUGCCUGCUCGGCUACUCUUGCUUAGUCGCUCAGACCUCACCGCCUCAGCCCAUUGCUCCGCUCGUCCGCUCGUCCACUAUUCUCCUCCGUCUGUUCACCAUUACAGCGCUAUCACUACAAUUCCACAGCCCAUUGCUCAGAAAUGAAGCGGGGAAGAAAACCGGAUGGAGCUUCACCUUCUCAGCCUCUGGCAGAUGCUGAAAGCGUAGUCCUCAAUUUGAUCAAAAGCAAACAGAAUCUCGGAAUAUGGUUAGCAGACAUCAAGAGAGAGUCGAAGCUUCAACCAGCCGUGGUCGAUAAAUCCCUGGCUUCACUCGUGAAAAAGAGCCUUAUAAAACAGGUUAAAAACAUACAAAACAAAGCGAGGAAGCACUACAUGGCAGUGGAGUUUGAACCGUCAGAAGAGCUCACUGGUGGUGCCUGGUACAACGAGGGAAAUCUCGAUAAAGAACUCAUCAAUAUUCUCAAAGAGACGUGCCUCAAGGUCAUAAACAAACUGCAAGUUACAACUGCGCAGGGAAUCUUCGAUUUCCUCAAGGACAAGAAAGCUAUCAACUGCACGAUCGGACAGAUAUCAGAGAUCCUGCGCUCGAUGGUCUUGGACAAUGCAAUUAUAGAGGUAAAGAGCACCGGAUUGGGCGAGUAUCAUUCUAUUCCAGUUGGUGCAGUUUGCUAUAGAAUCGCCAGCGCAGCCACCGGGACAGGUCCAAAAACGGUUGGCGCAAUGGCGUCAAUUCCUUGUGGUGUUUGCCCGAGGAUUAGCGAGUGUACACCUGAUGGACUCAUCUCCCCCAAAACAUGCAUAUACUUCACUAAAUGGUUGGAAUUCUAGUAUACUUCAACCUGAUGUUCUGCCUCAUAUUCUUUUUUUUGCUAGAUACUAUCAGAUAGUGUGUGUGUGUUUUUCCUUACCAGGAAAUCUUUGGGUUCUACUGCUAUUCUGCACAUUCUUUAGUUUCUAGUUUAUUUAUUUAUUUGGGUAAUUUUUUCUCAA